GCGACAGAAAUUUCAUUUUUGUAAAAUGACGCCUCUAAUAUAUACUUGUCACGAUAAGUGAAUAGUUAAGUGUGCCUGGGAGCACAGCCUAGGCCCCUCAGAUGGAACACCCAACAGAUACAACACUCAGAACAAAGGCUGCCCCAGGAGAUGGAGAAUAAGAUGUAGCACUUGUCUGUAUCCAGGGACCAGAAACACAAUUAUGACGAGUUCGAACCACGCCUCGUCAAAGUUCAUUAAGGGGAAUAAUUGGGGAAUUGACAACAAAUGCAGCUGCACCACCGGCGCCAGCAGGGCUCGCAAAAUGUAAUAUUGCAGUGGGCUACGCCAACGGUCGGUGGCAACAGCAGCACUUCCACUGAACCGCAGCAGUCGACAACGAGCGCAGACACAACAGCAGCACCGUCGAGAUCCUAACCAAAAUACGCAACAUAAAUGAAGUUAACAGUCUGUCAAAUUGCUAAAUUAUUUCUGCUGUCGACAGCCUUCUUCUUUCUCAAUUCCCCCAGCGCAGCCCUCCUAGCUCUCGGCUCGAGUCCCACCUCCUCCUCCUCCUCCUCCCUCUCCUCCUUCCGCCCCGAGGCGGCGGGUGUCCUUGUCCUGCCAGCGGCCAAGACAGCGUCCGAUUUUGCCGCGCCGCCAGCUACGAAAUCGGUUGCGGCUUCGCGGCCCUCCUCAGCGACAGCAGCAGCAGCAGCAACCACACUUGGCAGCAACAGCAAUUCAAUUUGGCCGACAGCAACACAAGCGCAGAGUCCACGUGAUGCGCGUGAGGCUGAGCGUCAGCGACGUCAGAAGCAACAGCCCGCCACCCAGCAGCAGCAGCAACAGCGUCCAGUGAAGCGUCAGCAACAGCAGCAGGAGGAGCGACAUCCCAGUCAACGGAUGGCCGUCUUGAUACCUCCUUCGCUGCAGGUGGAUGUGACGCACGUGCAACAGGGCUUCCAGCACUUCCUCGACUUCUUCCACCUGCAUUUGCCUAAUGUCAGCGUCGACUUUCUACGUGAUGUGGAUUUAAGUAGCUUCAUUAAAUUACUCGAGCUGCCCAAAUACACGAGCGUUGUAAGGACUUUAAAUGCGGGCAUUGAUGUAGACACCGACGUGAAGUUGGACCUUAACGUGGAUGUGAACAAGGUCCAAGGGGGCGCAGGGGCGUGGAGUUCGUACGCGAGUAUGGACGUUGACCCGCCCAGCCAGCCACGUCAGCAACAUUCGGAGCAGCAAAGGCGGGAGCAGGACCCCCUUCGUCAUCAUCUGCAGGACUCCAAGUCGAAACAGUUGUCAGCGGGCGAUGGGGCCUUCUCGGGUCACUGCCAUCAGGUGGCUGAAAAACUGGCUCUCGAUUUCAAUAAAACCGUCGUCCUUUGGCCCUGUCCGCGUAUGAAAAUCUCCAGCAAUUUUCUCCCAUCACUAGAAUCAAUUUCCCUGGCCGUGCAAAGCAUUUCCACUAAGUUGAACUGGUCGCAGGUUGAUAUUUAUGUCGGCGACGACAACUGGGGCCUAGGACUGGCAUUAGCUGCCAACUUGCAUGUACCGUAUCGCAUUGAGAUUCGCAGGACAAUACGUGACCUGCAUUCAAAGGAUAACCCGGGCAAAGCCAUCAUUAUCACUGCCCCGCUGAACGAUGCGAGUGCCAUACGUAUGCUUACCAGCAUUGAGGUGGCGUGGGCGAAGCAGGCCCAGAAGGAUGCGGUGGAUUCGGGGCCCUCCAGACAGAACACCAAAAUUCUGCUUAUCGACAUGGCGGCCAGCUCGUUGGACAUCCAGCAUGGGUUCUACAAAUGUUUGGCACGGAUCAGUGGGUCAGGAAAGGGCAGCUUCGGAGGCAACUCGUCCUAUUCGGCCGGAAUGGUCCGCAGCAAUCUGUUGGUGCUGACUCUGCUAAGCGAUAGACAUCGACACUUUCUGAAUGCGGCCGGGCUGAUGGCAACAAUGCAGAGUUUUCGCCCGCCCCUCGGAAAUGUUGAAAAUCGAAACAUCACGGCACCACCGCCCAGUGGCCAUCGCAAUGCCAGCCUGGAAAAACUGUACCCGUAUCGCAACCUCCUUCCACUCUAUGAUACGGUUGUAGAUACUGCCACCCAAUCGAAUACACUGGAUGCGAGUCCCAAAUACGAUUUCGUGGUGCUGGACAUCGUUUGGGAUGUCAAUACAACCGCAUACAAGUGGCGACCUCUGCUCAUCCUGGAGAGAGAAAGGGGGAGUCGUAAGCGUGGGCCAGGGGGCGGAGCGAGUGACUCCUACAUUACCCACUCCGUACAACCAGGAUACGACGAGUGGCUGCUGGUCAGCAGCGUCCUUUUGUGGCAGUGUGGCGCCAUCUGCUGGACCAUCGCGGCGAUCUGUGUGUUCCUACUUGUCGUUAUUGUGGCGGGUAUUGUGGCUGCAGGGAUUGCUAUGAGGAAUUACUUUUUACGUAAGCGUCUCUCCAAAGGACCCAACAAGAUAGUGCUUUCCGCCAGCGACUUCGUUUUUCCGGUGGAUUCUCGAAGGGUCGAUGAGGGCAUAGAGGCCAUGCUUUGUUGUUGGCUGCAGCAGCUGCAGGAGUUUGGUGGGCCUGAAGUAGAUAAACCGGAUCUCCUCAAAGGCUCCAUUGGAUCCCUAAAAAAUUUAGGAUUCGUAAUACCGGGUGCAGCUGCUCCGGGAAGUUCAGCUGGAGCCAUCGCAGCCGCAGCGAAUGGGAAAAGCGCAUCCUCCGCCACGGGCAGUUUGGCCAGGCACAAUCCCGCCCAUCUGGACAUGAGAGCUCGAUAUAAUGGUGAUCUCGUGCAGCUCAAGGAAGUUCAUAUAAACAGUUCCUCGGAGUUGCGCACCAAAGCAAUGGAUCUACUCGUGAUGGCCCAUGGCCUUAGGCAUGAAAAUAUCAACCCAUUAAUUGGAUGGCUGUCAGAUCCCAAUCGCACAGCCAUGGUUUUCGAUUACUGCUCAAGGGGAUCGCUGCAGGAUGUGCUUAUCAUGGACGAGAUCAAACUGGACUGGUCAUUCCGGUUGAGCUUACUCACUGACCUGGUGAGGGGCAUGCGAUACCUACACACGUCUCCUUUGAGGGUUCAUGGUGCUUUGACCUCUAGGAACUGUGUCGUGGACGCAAGAUGGGUCUUGAAGAUCACCGACUACGGCUUGAACUCUUUUUACGAAUCGCAGGGACUGCCCCCAAGGCCCAGGAGCGCCAAAGAACUGUUGUGGACAGCUCCCGAACUCCUUCGGAGCAUGAAGCACUUCCAGCAGCAUCACCACCACCACCAUCAGCACGGACGUAUUCAGUUGGGGACCCAACUCGGAGACGUCUACUCUUUCGGAAUUAUCAUGCAGGAGGUGGUAGUGAGGGGAGAACCCUACUGUAUGCUCUCCCUGGCUCCGGAAGAAAUAAUAGCCAAAAUCAAGAAACCUCCUCCUUUAAUUCGGCCUUCUGUCUCCAAGGGGGCAGCUCCGCCGGAGGCAAUAAAUAUUAUGCGCCAGUGCUGGGCCGAGCAGCCCGACAUGCGUCCCGAUUUCAACUCCGUUUACGAGCGCUUUAAGAUGUUGAACCAUGGUCGGAAGGUAAACUUUGUUGACACAAUGUUUCAAAUGCUCGAGAAAUACUCAAACAAUCUGGAGGAGUUGAUUCGGGAACGCACCGAACAACUGGACGUGGAACGAAAGAAGACUGAGCAGCUGCUGAAUCGCAUGUUGCCAAGCUCGGUUGCUGAGAAAUUAAAGAUGGGCUUGGCAGUCGACCCGGAAGAAUUUUCCGACGUGACCAUAUACUUUAGCGACAUCGUUGGUUUUACAACAAUCGCCGCACAUUGCAGUCCUGUACAGGUUGUAGAUUUGCUCAACGAUCUCUACACGAUCUUCGAUGCUACGAUCAAUGCCUAUAAUGUUUAUAAGGUUGAGACAAUAGGUGAUGCUUAUAUGGUAGUGAGCGGGCUUCCGGUAAAAAUACCCGAUCAUGCCGAGCAGAUAGCUACCAUGGCCCUGGACUUGCUGCACCAGAGUGGUCGCUUUAAUGUGAAACAUCUGCCGGGAGUUCCACUCCAACUGAGGAUAGGCCUCCAUACGGGACCCUGUUGUGCCGGAGUCGUUGGUCUCACGAUGCCCAGGUACUGUUUAUUCGGGGACACAGUUAACACGGCAUCCCGAAUGGAGUCAACCGGAUCCUCAUGGCGCAUCCAUAUGUCCCAGGAGACUAGGGAUCGUCUUGAGAACCGCGGUGGCUAUGCCAUUGAACCAAGGGGCCUCAUCGACAUUAAGGGCAAGGGCAUGAUGAACACCUUUUGGCUACUGGGAAAAAAGGGAUUCGAUAAGCCGCUGCCGGUACCACCACCUAUUGGGGAGUCUCACGGCUUGGACGAAUCCCUGAUCCGCAACUCAAUAACCUUGAAGGCCCAGGCCAACAAAUCUCGGACGAGCACGAAUCCUUCAUCUUCACAGAGUUCCUCCUUGGCCGGGGAGUCCGUAGAGGUGAAGGUCGAGAUAACCCCACCCACCAACGCCGACCUAGGUUCCGGGGCCAAUCUUCCCAACUCGUAUUCCCUGGACUCCAAUUCCACCAACACAAUUAGCCCAAAUGCAACCCUCUGUCCGGAGUUUCCGGGGAAAGUGACGCCCAACAGUACGAGUCCACAGUCGCGCAAGCUCUCCGAACUAACGCCAGACAAUCUGCUCAACCCAAACAGCUUCAAUCGGCUGCCCAAUUCCGCUGGAGGAUCCAGUUCCCGCCUUUACAAAAAGAUAGAAGAGAUGAUGGACCUCAGUUCGCCCUACAACCAUUACAAAUGCCUUAGUCCCAGCGAGAGCAAUCUUACACAGUUCUACGAUGGGAAAUACCUAUACGGUAGUGCGGGGGGCGGGGGAAGCGGGCAGGGGGCGGGCGGCACCGGCCCAUCGAUGGUCGGUACUGGCAGUGGCUGUGGGGGAGGAGCCGCGCGGUUCGACAGCAAGCCCGGCUCCAGUCGUCUGCUGCGUCGCCAGUUCAGCUUGGAUCGAGACGACCAGCACUCGAAGGGAGAGCAGCAGCACCACCAGCACUCCCUGCAAGCCUCCACCUACGCGGCCUUAGUGGGGGUUGGUGGUGGGGUGGUAAAGAGCUCCAUGUUGGACAUACCUUUGUUGCACGACACCUCUCGAAGUCCCAAAGGAACGUUGACGCGGGCUCAUAAGCAGAACUCCGCCUCGAUCACCCAGGAUCUGGAGAAGAUUGAGGAAAUCCCUCUGUCGCCGGCCUCCUCGCAGCAUCACAGCAGCCUGGACAGCAACCUCAACCGCAGUCCGCCUUCGACCCUGGAGGCGCAGUCGCCGCCGCUGCCGCCCAUGAGUCCUCCCCAGAUCUCUGCCCCCACGUCGCCGGCCCCUUCCAGGACGUUGAAUGGGAUGUAUGCCCACUGCAACAAUAGUGCGAACAACAGUGACUUCCAGUCCCAAGCUGCGGCCAACAACAAUAAUGGCACCCAUCCAGGCCCAGAGCUAACACUCAAUGUGGAUCAACUGCUGAGCAGAUAGGGCACAAUCUAAGGCUUCCAAGAAAGGAAGUCGAUCAAAGCUUUAGGUCUCAUCCAAAUUCUGUUCUGAUGAGCGUGUGUGUGAGUGUUCCAUUGACAUAUUUAUGGGCAAUGUGUUAUUUAUAUAUUCAGGCCUGUCCCAGUUUUCAGUCGGAAAUUAAUUCAAUAAUAUUUGGUGGUUUCAUUUGA